CCUGUUUUCAGAAAGCCGAAGGCCAAGAAGUGCCUAGUCAGCGUCGCAAAACCAAACAACCAACUCGAGAGAAAAAAGGAAGAGAACAGAUCAGUCACACCAAAGACUUGGUUUGAUCGAUCGCCGUCUAUCCCAAGGCCAUCCGGUGAUGGCGUCGUACGACCCCUAUGACGCACCCCACCGGGAGCGCACCACCAAGCGCUACUACCGGGAAGAGCGCCGCGAGGAACGCGAUCCGCGCUACUACGAAUCGCGCGAGACGCUCCAUGUCUUGCCGUCGCGCGAUCUCGUCCCCAGGCCCCGCGAGGAUAGCGACCUCUCGGUCGAGGAGAUCCGCCGCGAUUUCCUGCCCCCGGGCUACUCGCCCAGGGAUAUGCGCCGCGCCCGGUCUUCCGACCCCGGGUAUCACGACGACUACUACGAUGACCGCCGCUCCCACUACAGCCGGGACCGUGACUAUGACGACUACGACCACAAGCCGCGCGGGAAGGCCGCGGCCGCCAUCUACGAAGAAGAGCGCAAGAAGAAGGCCCGCAUGCUGUCCAAGCAAGAGCAGAUCAUCGCCGCUGUGACCGGCGCAGCCCUUGCCAUCGGUGGAAAGGAGCUCUACGACCGCCGCGCGGCUAAGGAACAUGGAUCUGAGGUUGAACGGAACCUUUUGGCCUCAGCAGCGCUCGGGGCCGCUGGCGCCUUUGCCGGCUACCAGGGCACAGAGUUUUACAACAAGCACAAGGAAAAGGAGGAGAAGAAGGCCAUUGCCAAGUACGGCUACUACUCGGACGACGAUGAGACCCCCAAGGAGAAGAAGGGCCACAAGAACUUCCUGGAAAGCGCUCUCGCUGCCGCCGGUCUUGGCGGCGCUGUCAAGGCUUUGACGGGUGGCAAGGACGACAGGUCCGACACCAGGAGCCGCCGCAGCAGCCGCUCUCGCUCCCGUUCCAGGUCCCGUUCUACCUCCCGGUCUCGAGACAGGGCUAGAGACAGGGGCGGCAAGAGUGAUGGAGCCGGUAAGGUCCAGAAGGCUGCCAUGGCCUCCCUCAUUGCUGGCGCUACUGAGGCCUUCCGCAUCUCCAAACAGCCAGGCUCGUGGAAAGGCGAAAAGGCCAAGCGCAUUCUGACCGCCGCUGCCGGUGCCGCUACCCUCGACGCAGCCCAGGACACGGAGAAGGCGGGCAGCAAGCUUGGCCUGGCCGAGGCCGUCGUCGGUGGUCUCCUUGGAAACCGUGUCAUCAACGGCUCCAAAAAGAAUAUCGAGAUGGACGAGAAGACAGGCCGGUCCCGGUCCCGGUCUCGCGCUCGCUCCAAGGAUGGCGGCGGUGGUGCGAGCGGGCUGGCCGCCCUUGCGACCGCUGGCCUGGGCGCGUUUGCAGGAAAGAAGAUUUUGGACAACCGCGAGCGGUCUAGGUCCCGGCGCCGAAGCGUAGACUCGCGCGACAGCCGUGAUCAUUCACCCGACCAUCAUCACCGCAGCCGGAGCCGGAGCGUUGUGGACUCUGCCCGCAGGCGUCUCGCCAAGGUGGGCAUCGGCAACGGCCCCGAAGACGAUGAUCGGGAUCGCCGCGACCGUAGGCGCGACUAUGAUGACUACGAAGACUCUGGCCGUUCUCGCCGACACCGCGACGAUUACGAUGACUACGACAGCAGGGACCGUUCUCGCGACCGACACAGGCGGGACGACUAUGAUGAUGACCGCUCGCACCGCGGCGGCGGCGGACGGGACCGUUCUCGCCACAGACGAGGCUCGGUGUCCUCGGACGACUUGGGCGAUUCAGAAGAUGACAAGAAGCGAGGCAAGAAACUGAGAGACGACCGACGCCGCCAUUAAAAUCAAGGAACUGAUUGAGGGAAGCCAACGGGCAAAAGGGGCUUCGCAAUCGACCAACAUGAUCAACCUCUGCAGACGGACAAGGGCGAGGACAUCCGCCGGGAAGCUUACUCAGGCG